AUGAAUUUAAAUGACGAUAUAAUUAAACAACAUUUAAUAGAUUCACACUUUGAAUUAUCGGAUUCUGAUUCGGAGUUAAAUGUUGAUGAUACCGAUAAUGAUCCUGUUUUUAAUAAUUUACCAUUAUCGACAAGCCGUAACCAGGACGUCCGAGAAAAAACACCUUUGUCUACAUCUGCGACAACUCCACUGAGAACUUGGCGUCCAGACGAUAAUGAUAUUAAAGAUUAUCCAUUCAAUCCAAAAUCUGAUAUAAUUGGUAUUAAUCCUGAUUUAUUUGAUGUAUUAUUGAAUGGUACACCUUUAGAUUUUUUCAAACUAAUUGUCAGUGACGACAUAAUUAUAAAAAUUGUCGAAGAAAUACAAAAUUGGCUAGGCCUUGUUUUAUGGAUGGGCUUAGUGGAAAUGCUAGAAAUAGAAAUGUAUUGGAGCAACUCAACUUUGUUUUCAACAUCGUUGGUAAAAUAA